AUGCAUGCCGUCACGACUCUGUUUCUCUUGUACCUCACAAAAUGCAUCACCGCCAACACCACAACCGCCGCUCAACGAGCUCAGCAGAAAGCCGUUGCCGCCUGCCAAAACCUCACCCCCUCAACCACUAACGACGGCACUACCACUACCAUCCUACCCUUUCCCGAUCCAUCAUGCUGGGUCACUUUGGGCAUGACAGACUGGAUGAAGAACUGGAACACCAGCACCACAAUCUGCACAGCUACACAAAGCGUACUCACGCCAUGCCAAUGCCGAAUAUAUGAGCCGUGGGCAACGUGCUUCAUGCGGCUGACAUAUGAGAGAAACCGAACGGCUAGCUAUGUUUGUACGAAUCUGACCAAGCCGGAGGAAUGCACGGAGCCGGUACCUGGGCUUAUGGUGCCGGGGCCGGCAGAAAUAUUCUAUGGCGCUUAUAGUGUCAAGCAAGAAACUCUGGUAACUCAGACUUCUAAGCUAAUCAUGCUCUCCUCAGCACUUUUCAGCUACCUAAUAACCUGGCACACCUCCCUGACCUCCCCCAGCGCCCUACCCGCCAUAACAACCCAGCUUUCCCAAACCAAAACCAGUGCUCUCUCUGCCAACAACCUCCUCGUAGCCCUCGUCCAAGACUAUGCCGUCGAUACAUCCCGUGGCCAAGCUUUUAUCUCUGUCAUGACAAACGGGCCACUUCUCAGCAAGAAUGACGGCCGCACAAGGCCGACGCUGUCGAACGCGCAGGAAUUGCUUGGUCAGCUAUUGGAGCAAGCCUUAGAGGUCCUUACGAGCGAUUGGUCUUGCGGGGACUUUCAGACGAUGGCGAAUGGGGGGAUGUUGUUGAAUGGAACGCUAGAGACAACUGAGAUUUUGGACACGAGGUUGGGGCAGCAGGAAAAGAUAUAUCUUGACAACGCCCGUGGCCUCGCCCUCUGUCCUCGCGACCAGCUAAUCAUGUCCGUCAAAUUCGAGAAAGAGACUGUCAAGGACACUCCGAUUCCUGGAUUGGGAGGACGGAAACAUGAGAUCGUGCACGAGAUUGGCGAGAGGUUGACGGGAGGCGAAACGGCACGAGGCUACCUCGCUGCCUACCUCCAGCAGCUCCAAACCAACCCCUUGCGCACGAAAAUGCUCACAUCUGGCUCCCUCGCAGCUCUACAAGAAGUUCUCGCCUCUUGGAUCGCAAAAGAUGUUGGUCCAUCCGGCCAUUACGUCAACUCUCGAGUGCCGAAGAUGGCAGUGUAUGGCGCUUUCAUCAGCGCGCCGUUGGGCCACUUCUUGAUCAGUAUACUGCAGAGAAUGUUUUCCGGGAGGACGGGUCUGACCGCGAAGAUUAUGCAGAUUCUCGUUAGCAAUUUGGUCGUCGCACCCAUCCAGAACACAGUCUACCUCGCCUCCAUGGCCGUCAUCGCCGGCGCCAGGACCUUCCACCAGAUCAGAGCGACCAUCAGAGCCGGCUUCAUGCCUGUGAUGAAAGUCAGCUGGGUCGUCUCGCCGUUGGCAUUGGCCUUUGCCCAGAAGUUCUUGCCUGAGCAGACUUGGGUGCCUUUCUUUAAUAUUGUUGCCUUUGUCAUUGGUACCUGGAUUAACUCUCAGACUAAGAAGAAGAGACUUCAGGCUUUGAGGAGGAAGCACUAUGGCGACGAUGGACGAGGUGAUGGACGAGGUGAUGGGCGAGGUGAUGGGCGCAGCCAGUCGGGCAGAACCGACUAUUCGAAGCCUGGAUACUAG